CUUGGCUACUUCACCAAAGAAAAAAAGAUUCUUUAUUUACUCUGAAACUUCACUCUCAUAAUUCCAUAAGCCAACUUUCUCUCUCUUCUCAUCUCUUCUUCACUUUCUCUCUUUACUCUUCUGUGGAAGCAGCAAAGCCAAUUACCAAAAAGUUUCUGCAAUCCAAAGAGAUCUGUUCUUAGCUUUUGUGCUUGGCUUUUCAAGCCUUCAACUUUGUUACUUUCUGAGAAUUUCCAUCUGGGGCCUUCACUUGCCACUUUCCAUACUUGAUUUCUUGCUUUUGUGUCAUCCUUUCACCCUUAAUGUUUUAACUAAACUUCUUAACUGUUGAUGAGCCACUCUUCUGCCAUCAAAACCUUUUCACUCUAUUGUUGAUCUGUUUUUCAGAUUCUGCUAUUUUCAGCAUGCAAGCCUUGGAUUUCCAAGGCUGGUUGCAGAAUCAAUCAACAAACUUGUUCAAACCCAGGAAUAAAAAAACCAGCUUUGGGCUUCUGAUUUGAUAUACUCUUACAAAGUAGCAUAUAUUUGAUCCUUGUGUUGGUGCUGGUUCUGGUUAUCUUGGUUCAGUUUUUGCUGAGUUGAUGGGGUGUAGAAGGUUUAGGGUGUGUCUUGUUCUUGUGUUAUGUGUUGUACUGUUGGUGGGUUUAGUGAGUGGGAUUGGUGUUAAUUGGGGCACACAAUUAACACACCCUUUGCCAUCGUCCACUGUGGUGAAAAUGCUGAAGGAAAAUGGUAUUCAGAAAGUUAAGCUUUUUGAUGCUGAUCCUGAUAUUUUAAAUGCUCUAAAGAAGUCUGGGAUUCAGGUGAUGGUUGGAAUACCAAAUGACAUGCUCUACACAUUGGCCAACAGCAUGCAAGCAGCUGAAAAAUGGGUUUCCAAGAAUGUUUCAGCAUUUGUCUCAUCUGCGGGUGUGGACAUCAGGUAUGUUGCAGUGGGAAAUGAACCUUUCUUGUCAACAUACAAUGGUUCAUUUGAAACCACAACACUUCCAGCUCUUCAAAACAUCCAAGCAGCUCUAGUGAAAGCUAGUUUAGGAAACCAGGUUAAAGUGACAGUGCCUCUAAAUGCUGAUGUCUAUCAGAGUGCACAGGUACCCUCUGAUGGUGACUUCAGGCAAGACAUCCAUGAUCUCAUGGUGCAGAUUGUGAAGUUCUUGAGCCAGAACAAUGCCCCAUUUACAGUGAACAUCUAUCCUUUCAUCAGCCUCUAUGCAGACCCCAAUUUUCCUGUUGAUUAUGCCUUCUUCAAUGGCUUUCAAUCCCCCAUAAAUGACAAUGGAAGGAUCUAUGACAAUGUAUUUGAUGCCAACCAUGAUACUUUGGUAUGGGCCCUGCAGAAAAAUGGUUUUGGAAACAUGCCUAUAAUUGUAGGAGAAGUUGGGUGGCCUACAGAUGGAGACAGAAAUGCAAACCUUCAAUACGCGCAACGGUUCAACCAGGGCUUCAUGUCGCGCUACAUGGCCGGAAAGGGGACGCCGAUGAGGCCCGGUCCUAUGGAUGCUUACUUGUUCAGUCUGAUAGAUGAAGAUGGCAAAAGCAUUCAGCCAGGUAAUUUUGAAAGACAUUGGGGGUUGUUUUACUAUGAUGGACAACCCAAGUACCAGCUUAACAUAGGAUCAAGAACAAAUGGCUUAGUUGGUGCAACUGGGGUAGCAUAUCUAGCCAAAAAAUGGUGCAUUUUGAAACCCUCAGCAAACCUCAAUGAUGACCAAGUUGCACCAAGUGUGUCUUUUGCUUGUCAGAAUGCAGAUUGUACAAGUCUUGGAUAUCAAACUUCAUGUGGUAGUUUAGAUGCUCGUGGUAACAUCUCUUAUGCAUUCAAUAGCUAUUACCAAGUGAAUGAUCAGAUUGAUAGUGCAUGCAAAUUCCCUGGCCUUUCUGUUGUCACUGACAAAGAUCCUUCUACUGGAGAUUGCAAAUUCAAGAUCAUGAUUCAGACAGAUUCUGCUUGGAUGCAUGGGAAUGGGAGAAUUUGGCAUCUCAGAAUGGUACUCUUGGCAUUUUUGUUUUUCACUCUUCUGUGACCCUGAGAGAUUCUUGGUUUUUGUUUUUAUUUUUGGAGAUGUAGACACUACUGCUUCAUUUUUCAUAUUCAACAUGUGUGUUGGAGCUGAUAUAUGAAAAAUUGUUGAAGAUCACAGAAACUUCUUUUCAGUGUUCAAUAUUUGGCAACAUUUGUUUCAAAGUGACUUUUUGCUA